UUUUUUAGGUUAGGAUAUGCAAUUAGCCGAAAACAUAACAUUAUUUUUGUAUAUAUAAGUAAGUUGUAGAAAUAAUAAUCAUGGCUAGCAAGCCUAAUUCGAAAAGAACAAUAUACGUUGGUGGUUUAGCCGAAGAAGUCGAUGAGAAGGUUUUAAAUGCUGCGUUCAUUCCAUUUGGAGAUCUUGUUGAUGUUCAAAUACCUCUAGAUUAUGAGACAGAAAAGCAUAGGGGAUUCGCUUUUAUUGAAUUUGAAAAUGCUGAAGAUGCUGCUGCUGCUAUUGAUAAUAUGAAUGAUUCAGAACUAUUUGGACGCACAAUAAGAGUUAACAUAGCAGCACCACAACGUAUCAAAGAAGGUUCCACUCGGCCGGUCUGGUCUGAAGACAGUUGGUUGCAGAAGCAUGCUGGGGAGACACUAAAUGUCAAUAAAGAAGGAGAAGAAGAGAGUACAAAAGAAAGUACAGAAACUGGCACAGUUGUUCCCACAAAGCCUACAGAAAAACGUAAUCCCCAAGUAUACUUUGACAUUAGUGUCGGCAAGCAGGAAAUAGGGAGGAUAAUUAUGAUGCUGAGAGCGGAUGUAGUGCCCAAGACUGCAGAAAAUUUCAGAGCCCUGUGCACUCACGAGAAGGGCUUUGGUUACCAAGGAAGUAGUUUCCACAGAAUUAUACCAGACUUUAUGUGUCAAGGAGGUGAUUUUACAAAUAACAAUGGAACAGGAGGUAAAUCUAUUUACGGAAGGAAGUUUGAAGAUGAAAACUUUACAUUACAACAUACAGGACCUGGUAUAUUAAGCAUGGCAAACUCAGGACCCAAUACAAAUGGAUCACAAUUCUUUUUAUGCACAGCUAAGACUGACUGGUUGGACGGAAAGCACGUAGUCUUUGGCCACGUAAUAUCCGGUCUAGAUGUGAUGAAAAAAAUGGAAAGAUAUGGAACCAAAAGUGGAACAACAUCAGCUAAAGUUACAAUAAGCAAUUGUGGUGAAUUACAAUGAUAAUAACGAAAA